AUGCUUCGUCCUUGCGCAGCGGCAUUCGGUCCCUUAUCAUCUUCUCAGAAUACGACCAUUCCCAGCUUCAUCUCGAGAUCUUACUCAAAAGUUCCAAGCCCAGCCCCGAACGCUGAACGUGAGAUCUCUGCGACCAAGCGUUGGCUCGCAGCUCAAGAGCAUACGCGGGAGACAGUCCCUAGAAACCUGAUGAGCGUAAAAUACAGCCCUAGCUCUAAUGGGAAAUACAAGGGCGCCCAUACAAAAGCCACGUUGCAUGUUCCUCUCCACGCACUGUUAAAAGAAAUUUCUCCAGAAAUGAUCGAAGCUGUCAAGAACUUCAAUUCGUAUGUUUGGCGCACAGAGGUUCUCGAGAUAUCGUCGGACAAAGGCAGGAGACAAACAGCCAAUCUGAACAGCUGUUAUCAAAAGCUUGAUGGCUCGCUAAUGCAAGUCGCGAAUGAUGUUGUUGCGAAAGAGGCCAGAAACCACGAGGCCGCCGUUAGUCGAAAGGAUCGGACUCCGGGUGUUUCGGAAAGUGAAUGGCGCCAAAUGAGCGAUAGUCAACAAAAGAGUUACUUACAACGAAGAGCAAAAGAUCAGCAAAAAGCCAAGAAGGCAGCAGCGGCAGCAGCGUCUGAGGAACGACUACGAAAGCAGAAGCUAGAGAGGGAACGGUCGCGUGCUCAACAUUCGUCUCGUCGCUGA